AUGUUCUACUUCCACUGUCCUCCGCAAUUAGAUGCUGAGUGCUGUCGUUCCAACACACUGAAUUCAAGUACUUUUGCCAACCACACCCCAGCCGACUUUGACGAUGGCUUCCUCCGGAGGAAACAGCGAAGGAACAGGACUACGUUCACUUUGCAACAGCUAGAAGCCUUGGAGGCGGUCUUUGCACAGACUCACUACCCGGACGUGUUCACACGCGAAGAGCUGGCCAUGAAGAUCAACCUGACUGAAGCCAGGGUGCAGGUUUGGUUUCAGAAUCGCAGAGCUAAGUGGAGGAAAACGGAGCGAGGCAGCACAGACUCGGAAGGAGGCAAAGAGCAGAUGAGCGAGGGAGCUCCACCGACGCGCAGCCUCAACUCUCAGUCGCCUGUAGAGCCGAGCCGGAAACAUAAAGAACCACUGGACAUGCAGCAAAGUAUGAACCGGCCGGUGGGUCCAGGCGGUCCCUUCUUUCCAUCGUGUUUACCAGGGACCCUCCUCAACUCUGCCACCUAUGCUCAGGCCCUCUCUCAGGUGGCCACUUUGAAAGGUAAUGCUUUGUGUUCCUGCUGCGUUUCGGACCCCAUGGGCUUGUCCUUCCUGCCUCCCUACGGUUGCCAGGGUAACCGCACAGCCAGCGUGGCCGCCCUACGGAUGAAGGCCCGUGAGCACUCCGAGGCCGUGCUGCAGUCGGCCAACCUUCUUGGCGCCGCCGCCGCAUCGUCAGGGCACGGAAGCUUGUCCGCUAGGCCCCCGGCUCAGGCGGAAGUAAGCGGAACGAGAGGCGGGGACGCCUCUAGCCCCAACCUGACCUCUAAGGUGAUGGGGGGCACCUCUGACAAGCACCCUCACUGCUCCAACAAGGAACCGGUAGAGAAGAAGUGA